AUGACUUUAACGACUAUUACAUCAUUCAUAUGUGCUUUGCUCAACAUUUCCUACACAAUUGCUGUAUUGAUUCUAUGCGUAAAAAAACGAGAGAGAAAUGAGAAAAAGGAGCAAGAAAAAGGAGCAUCACUACAACAGCUAAAAACUCCAGAAGCAAAAACUCCAGAACGAAAACAACCCUUCGGUCCUGCACCCUUACCAAAAGCUGCAGUCACUAAAGGAUCCGUUGUCAAAGCUAACGUACCUAAACAAGUGCUGCAACAGAGUCCAACUUCAGUUAAUCAAAUGCAGCAAACAAUCAAAGAUGUUAGUUUUAAAAAAGAAAGAAAAAGUGUUAGAAUGAGCGGAGUCGCAAUCUGGGAAUAUGAGAAAAAAGAUCCGACGGAUAUACAACCGACACAGUUAAGUAAAGAACGAAUAGAAAGCGCAAAAGAUGAGCAGAAAAAUCUGUUACAGAGGAUAAAAGAUAUGAAGGAUAAGAAGGAUGGACAAAUUCAAUACGAACAGUAUAAAUCAAUAAAACGGCGAAAAAAAGUAACGAAAAAAGGAACAAAAUUGGAAGUAGCGCGAACGCAAACCCAAACAGAAGAGCAAUUAAAAGAAGAUCAGAUAGCAAAAGAUGAGCAAGAAGAGGAAGAGGAGGACGAUACGAUGAAAGGAAUCGCUUCCCUACAACAAGAUCUCAAUAUUGUCUCUACCGAAGAAAAAUAA